AUGAACUGCGCAAUCUGCUCCAACCUCGGUGCGGAUGAGGUCAAGGGCCAGAAGCUCGCCGCGAAUCAGCGCAUGGCCAAGUUCAUCGAGCUUCACGACCUCCAGCGAUCCGCAACGAACACAUCAUGCCAGUCCUGCCAGCUCCUCUGGGCUGCGCUACGUCUGCGCAAGAAGAAUUUAGAUGAGCCGAGCGGCAAGGAUGUAUCUGGACUGUUGCAGAUGCGCUUUGCACCGGGCGCGUCGCUCCAGAUUUCCGUGUCUGGCUGGGGAGAAGAUAACAUUGCUCUAGAGCUCUUCUCGCGACGAGACGAUCAUGGCGCAUGCCAUCCGACCAUCGGUUCGGCCCAGGAAGUAGAGAGCCACUCUGCCUCCCCAGCCAGUCUCACUCUAGCAUCGUCAUGGCUUCAGGACUGCCUCGCAAAUCACCCGUCCUGCAGGCAACCAGCAUUAGCCUCGACUCUACCGACCCGUGUGAUCGACGUCGGCAUCAAUGACCACGCCGUGCCGUGCCUCGUCGAGUCCCGCGGAGCCUCCGGCGCAUACGCAGCAUUAAGCUACUGCUGGGGCGACCCGGCCUCCCACCCGGCCUUCAAGACGACGCUCCUCAACUUCGCCGCGCAUCAAGACGCCAUGCCGUGCGCCGACAUGCCUCCGACCCUGCGGGACGCCGUCGCCAUCACAAGAAACCUCGGGCUGCGGUACCUAUGGAUCGACGCCCUCUGCAUCAUCCAAGGCGACGCCCAAGACUGGGCCCGGGAGGCGGGCCGCAUGUGCGAAGUCUACUCCAACGCAACGGUCACCAUCUCCGUAGACCACGCGGACGGGAGCGGCGUCGGCGUCUUUGCACCUCAGGCCUUUGGCGCCCCGCCGCAGCGUCUCGACGAGCUCGGGGACGCCGUGCGGCCGGUCUACGUCCGCGACGAGCUCAAGAGGAAACAUAACGACAUCACCGUCCUGCUCCGGACGAUCGAGGUUGAGGGCGCGCACGGGGAGCCCAUCAAUAAGCGCGCCUGGACGCUCCAGGAGGCGAUCCUGUCCAACAGGACGCUGCACUACACGACCAACGAGCUCGUCUGGGAGUGUAACACGUCGCGCUCAUGCGCCUGCCGCCGCGAUCAGCCCGUCGAGCUGGACGAGGAGUCGGUGCGGUGUUUCCGCUCGCCGGAGCUGUUUCGAGCGCUGUCGUCAGCGGAGAGGGCGUAUCUGCAGUGGCGGCAGGUCGUUCAGCUCUUCUCGGAGCGGUCCAUCAGUUUUGACGCGGAUCGGCUGCCGGCGCUGUCUGGGAUGGCGAAGCAGUUCCGGAUGAUGCAUGAGGAUGUGUACGGCAGUGGACGAGAAGGACACGAGAAGCAACGGAACAGAUAUAUCGCCGGCUUGUGGGAGGGCGAUUUCGCGACGCAGUUGCUCUGGACGGCGGAUGACGACUACUGGCGCAACCCCGAGACAGUCUCGCGGAGGCCUGGGAAGUGGAGGGCGCCGAGCUGGAGCUGGGCGGCUAUUGAGGGGCCCAUCAUGUUCCAUCCCAUGUCGCACUUCAAAGGUGACUUGAAGGUGUUGGAUGUUCAGGUAGAACCUCUCAUGACGGAGGAUAUCUACGGUCAAGUUUGCGAGGGAGCCAAGAUCGUGGUUCGGGGGGCCAUAGUACACAACCUUGAGAUUGCAACUACAGAGAUACAGGACGGGGAUUCAAUGAUGGGGUUUACGGAAGGCGUCAGAUACGACCUCGUGGAUGCGGGAGCGAACAGAUACACCAUGAUCUGCGACUAUGCAGGCUCUGUUGCCCGUAAUCAGCAAUACUCCUGUCUGCUCGUGGGAAAGACAUGGAACAAGGGCGAUGCCCAUCCGUAUCACGGCUUCAUCGUCCUCGAGAGGAUAGAAGCUGGGACUGACAUAUUCAAGCGGGUUGGCGUGUCGUUCCGAGCAGGGGCUUUGAAAAACACGAACGAGAUGAAGCUAUUCAACGGCGUGGCCCGCGAGGUAAUCACUCUUCUCUGA